AUGCUGUCGACAAUCUACGCAUGGUCGCUCGACCACAUCAAGCGGGUCUUCGAGGCAAAGACCACGUUGGAGUGUCUGCGCGCGCUCGACGAGACGUUCUCGCAGCACAUUGAAUUCACCAUGAACGGCAUGCAGCUUCCGAGGAUCGGCCUGCAGCGCACAGUCCUCGCGAUGGUUGAGGCCUCUGGCUACCGCCUCGCGGUGGACUGGCAGAACGCAGUCGAAGUCCCCAAAGACCCCUCGAAUAGGAAUGGCGUCCUCGGGGGGUACUACAUCAUUCGCAAUGUGACGAAGCACCUCCCAGGCUCAGCUGCGCCUCUGCUCUGUGAACGACAUAAGUCGAUAAACGUCGUCAUCGAGUCCGAACAUCCAGACGCCAACAGCGACAGUCGUCGCAUCGUAAAAUUGGCCCUCGUGGCUACGGACUUGCCGGUGCAAACAUCUUUCCUGUCACAACGAGCGGGGACGGUUGUAGAGCACCAGACAUAG